AUGUCGGGACUGGAGUUUUUUAUGGAUGGUGGAGCGACCUUUGCAGGACUCCUCUCUGCAGGAGCCGCACUUGUCGGUUACAAGCAGCAGAAAGAAGAUGACUCCGAACUUGUGGAUGAUGAGGAGGAGCUGGAGCGUUUGCGCAAGAACCUAGGUGAAGCUUGUAUUUCGGCAUGUGCAGCUCAUUCCGCGAUCACAGCAGCUUGGGGGCAACCUCUUUCUCUCUUCAAAGCAGAAGGCAGCCAACUUCAAGUUCAGUGGCUCAAAGUUCUGGAAUUUGCCCAAGCCUUGGUUGAAAAGGCUGCAGAGUUGGAAGAUUUGGCUGACGUCUACGAUGCACAGUUGCAUUUGGCCAUUACUCAGCAUCGAAGCCUGCGAAGGACUCCAGUGCAUGUGCUGGAAGGCAAGUUGGAUGAAAUUAGUUUGCUUUUGACUUCGCAGAUUCCGGCGGUCGUUUUUGCCAAAGAAGCCAAUACUCAUGGAGACGUGACUAGACUUCAGUCCGCCUUGGCAGCGAGAUGCCACCAGGCGCGGUUUUCUGGGGCUUUCUUGCGGGAGGAAGGUUGUAUUGAUGACACAAGGAUUGACACAAGAAUUGAAUAG